CGUCUUCUCGCCGCGUCGAGAGCGAUGCAACUGCGUGACACCAACACCACCACCCCAGAGCUGCUGCUGCUGUUGUUGUUGUUGUUUAGAUCCUGAGCCCUGCCCGGGUGUCAACACCCCCCAACAAGCCGCGUGUGCCCGAGUCCAGCGGCAGCAGUUGCAGGUGAACGACCCCAGCAGCGGACUUCUCUCUCCGUUCCGUGCCCGCCCGAGACUCCUCCACCAAGCAGGGAGCGAGGCUGCCAUGGCGGCGUCGCUGGGCUCCUCCGCGCUGGACGCCCUCUCCUCGACCCUGAUCUCGCCGUCGCUCUCCACCUGCCUCGUCUUCCUCGCCACCUUCCUGCUGCUGCUCGAGUGGCGCAAGGUCCAGCGGCCACGCGGCUUCCCGCCCGGCCCCACGGCGCUGCCCCUGCUGGGCAACCUGGGCUCCCUGCCCACGCAGGAGCCCGGCACGGCCCUGCACAAGCUCUCGAAGCGCUACGGGGACGUGUACAGCCUGCUGCUGGGCCGCGAGCUGUGCGUGGUCAUCAAUGGCUUCGAUGCCGUGAGGGAUGCGCUGGUGAACCACGCCAAGGAGUUUGCCGACCGCCCCUGGAUGGCGAUGAUUUCCAAGAUCACGGAGGGCCUCGGCAUCAUCACGGCGGGGUACGGCCACAGCUGGAAGCAGCAGCGGCGCUUCGCCCUCUCCACGCUGCGCAACUUCGGUCUCGGCAAGAAGUCUCUGGAGGAGAAGAUCAACGAGGAGGUGGCCAUCCUCGUCCAGACAUUCCGGGAGUCCGGUGAUACCUUCGACCCCCACUUCAACAUCAACAAUGCCGUGUCAAACAUCAUCUGCUCAAUCGUGUUUGGGAACCGCUUUGACUACGACGACAAGCGCUUCCGCGACUUUCUGCAACUCUUCGCCGAUAACUUCAGGAUCGAAGGCGGCUGGAGAGGGAAGAUAUGCAUAUUCAUGCCAUGGCUGGAAGACUGGCCCGGCCCUCACCAGAUUAUCUUCCAGAACGCGGACAAAGUGAAGCUGUUCUUUCAGGAGCGCAUCCGUGAGCACCGGCAAACACGCGAGGCCGGCCGACCGCGGGACCUGAUCGACGCCUACUUGGACGAGAUGGAGAAGGAGAGCAAGGACCCAGAGUCCACCUUCACCGAUGGAAAUCUGCUCAACGUGGUCGGAGACCUGUUCAUAGCUGGCACCGAGACCAGCUCGACCACCCUGAGAUGGGCCUUGCUCUACAUGAUGGCCUAUCCCCACAUCCAGGAGCGCUGUCAGAGAGAGAUCGACGAGGUGAUUGGCGGCGAUCGCUCGCCAAACACGACGGACCGAGCAAACCUCCCGUACACCGACGCUGUGAUCCACGAAACCCAGAGGAUGGCCAACGUUGCCCCGCUGGGCGUCUUGCAUUCUACCACCACCGACGUCAAGUUUCGAGGAUACGAUAUUCCCAAGGGAACAAAGGUGUUACUUAACCUGACGUCGGUUCUGCACGACGAGACUCAGUGGAAAACGCCGGACGAAUUUAACCCCGACCACUUCCUGGAUAAAACGGGCCAGUUUGUCAAGCCUGACGCCUUCCUGCCCUUCUCUGCUGGUCCCCGUGUGUGCCUGGGAGAGAACCUGGCCAGGAUGGAGCUCUUCCUGUUCUUCACGUCUCUGCUGCAGCGCUUCAAGUUCCAUUGGCCCGACGCAACUUCUCGGCCCAACUUUGUAGCUGCCGAGGGUCUCAGCCGUGCCCCGGUGUUCUACAAGCUGGGCAUCCGCCCUCGCAACACGGCCAAGUGAGCUGUGGGCUCCGAAUUCCCCAUGAAGUCAAAGUCGAUUUCACCUUUUUUUUUGCUUAAACACGUCCGGGUCAGGGGCUCCUUUCUGGCAUGAAUCCACCACCCAAAGCGCCAUCACGUUAAUAUUAAUGGAUAUAACAGACGAUUGUAUAUGGUGAGAGUGAAAAAUAAAUAAAUUGUACUAUUCCCAAGCCUCACACAGCCCCAAGUUUAUUUUACGGAAUGCAUUAUUCAAGUAAUGUUGAGUUCCUUGAAAGUGGUUAUUGUUUUGUGUGUUUCUUAAAUUCAAAUACGGUUCUUUCCCCCCCCAACGUUAUUCCACUUGUGCUGUGAAUCUAGUUUCAUGAUAUGAAUUAUCCACUGAGAACCAUUGCAGAGAAGUGUAUCACCCCAUGUUAGAGAGCACUGCCCGUGGUAGAAGAUAAGAGAGAACUACUUCUGAGUUCCCAUCAAGUAACCUAAUCCAUACACUGGAGUGCUCUUUUACACUCGCCCUUCUGUUAUAGGGAUGUUCGUCGCAUGAAGAGUCAACUCGAUUUUUUGUAAUUCCCAAAGCUGCAAUUUUGUGGAAAAAUAAACUUAUAUUAAAAUGUU